UUUUAAAUACUAAAAAACACAAGAUAACACUUUGGACGUCACUCGUCCUGCAAGAUUACAGAUGUGGAUCAACAUGAGCGGUGGAAGUGAAUUAGAUUCUUGUUCUCUGCAGGGAAUGCUAAUAAACUUCUUGCACUGACUUGAUGAAGUGGAACUGCAUUGUGGUCCACGAAGAAUCAAAGUGUAAAUGUUUUCAACUUUCAUCAGCUGUUGACUCUUUGUUUGGUCUGUGACUGAAGUGAAGGAUGAUGUUAAAUUAAAAUAAAAAUAGAAGCUUGAUGUAAGUUUUCUCUUUCCUCCUGCUGCUCGUUUGUGUUUGAGGAAGGAUGGAUGGAAGAAUUGAUGGAGGGAUGAGGGAGGGGUGUAGGAUGGAUGGAUGAAUCCUCCAGAGCGUGUCUCCGCCCGGCAGGAGGGUGAAGGGUGUACUCCUACUGAGUCCUCUUUCUUUAUUUAGUUUUUUUUUCUCUCUCUCUCUCUAGAAAAAAAUCCUUAGGGUUUAAACUCUGACAGUGGGUGUGGUCUGCGUAUCGUUCGCGUGGCCGGUGGCCGCCCUCUGAUUGGCUGGCCAUGAUCACCGGCACGCUUCUGUACGUUCAGUGUGUGCGGGGCGAAGCAAACACCGCAGGCGUCAUUAUGGUAAUGAGCAGCUCCUGCGGCACGUGACAGACUUGCCGCUCCAUUCAGCCUGCUCAUCCUGCGGGGGGGUGCGAGGAACUGGGGGGUGGUGGUCUUUGUGCGGGCUCGGUAUAUAAGAUGAGAUGAGGUCGGUCGUGUGCCAGACUCACCGGCUCACGCGAGCUGAUCCAAAUCAGAAACACGCGUAAAGACGCACGAAGUGACGCGUGCCAAACUCCUGCUGCAAACUUCUCCACAGGCGCAAACUUCAGAUCACUGACGCUAUUACAAACUUGCCACUGCUGCGUCAUGGACUCCAUCUACUCCGACAUCGACAGCAACAGCUGCGACUUCUUCUCUAAUACGGAUGACGAAGACUCACGUGCGGGCAGUGACAGCAACAUCAGCCGCCACAGCGCGUCUCCGCAGCCCGAGCAGCAGCAGCAACAGAAGAAGCGGCGACGCGGGCGGGGCCGCAGCGACUCCACCGUACAGGUGGUGAAGAAGACCCGGCGGCUGAAGGCCAACGACCGCGAGCGCAACCGCAUGCACAACCUGAACGACGCGCUGGACACUUUGCGCGGCGUCCUGCCGGCUUUCCCGGACGAGACCAAACUCACCAAGAUCGAAACGCUGCGCUUUGCGCACAACUACAUCUGGGCGCUGUCGGAGACCAUCCGCAUCGCAGACCUGCAGGCGGGAAAGAGCAGCGACGGUCCGCUGCUCCUCAGUGCUCCCAGCCCGGGAAGCGAUGCCUGCUCCUGGAGCUCCAGCUCCUCCUCCCCGGACUACUGCGCUUCCAGCCCGGGCAGCCCCGGCGCGUCGCAGGAGGAUUGUUGCGGCGGAUUCCUGCCGCAGCAGGAGUCAAUGUUCGGUUACCGUACUUACAUGACGGGCAUCUACUGAGGCAUCGACACAGGCCUGGGGACUGAGAGACCAGGGAAAUGUAGAGACACACAAGCAGGGACAGAUGAUGGACAGAAGGUGGACACAUGGACAUAGUCCUCUGCUGGAGCCUGAUUCACACUUUGCCUUAUAAACAAAACUCAUUUAUUCUCCUCCUCACUGUGUCUCUGAUGGAUUCUAAAUGAGAUAUAACUUAAGAUUUUGACUCCCACUAGUUUUAUUCCCUUUUAAUUAUUAUUAAUUAUUCGUUUAUUUUUUUCCAAAAACCUUUGCACUUUCCCCCACUCCCUCCUCCUCCUCCUCCUCCUCCUCCUCCUCUUCCCGUCAGUCUGAGGUGAAGAGUCACUUUUAUAAUUUGUAUUUCUCUGCAGCAGAACAGAUGAGCGUUAAAUUGCUCUGACAAAAGACUCAGUGAAGCUCAUUCAUUAUGUAUUCUGACCCCCCGCGCCACCCC